AUGAAUACAAUUGAUACAGUUGUUCCAGAGAUGAACCCAGCACUUAGUGAAUCAAUUGUAUUUGCGCCAAUUAGAACAGGAGAAGAAGGUGAAAAAAUACCAAUAAUACCGAUCAAUGCAGCAUUGAGCGAAUCUAUAGUAUUUUCACCAAUUCCACCACCACCAUCAACCACAGAUAAUACCACCAACACCACUACUACAACAAUAGAAACAACGGCAACAGAUAACACAAACGAUACAGAAGAAAAACAAGAAAAUAUUGAAAAUAAUAAUAAUAAUAAUAAUUCAUCAAUAUCAUCACCAAAUAGUAUAGAUGGAGCAAAUAAAAAAGAUUCAAUUGAAUUAGAAGAAGAUAAAGAACAUUCAAUAAAGAGAAAAGAUGGUAGUUUAGGUGAUGUUGUAGAUAAUGAAAAGAUUAUACCAAACUCAUUGGAUUCAGAUGCACCAGAGGAAACAUCAAAUUUAAAUAAAAAAUCUGAAAUUAAUAUAAAACAAGUUUUAAAGAAUCCAUCAUUCGAUGCUACAAAUGAUAAUCAUAAUCCACAAGAAGUUGAUAACACUGAUAACCCUGAUAAACCAACAACACCACGCCAAACUACCACCACCACAACUACCACAACUACAACCACUUCAACUAAUUCUACUUCAAAUAAAUUACCAAAUAAUGGUGAUAAUACUGUAUCAUUUGAUGAAAAAUUCGAUCCAAACGUAUCUCAUUCAAAUUUAAAUGAUGAUUAUAAAGCUUCAGGUAGUUCUGAUUCACCAAAUAGGGUUAGAUUAAAUACAAGUCAAAGAUUAAAAAUGUAUAAACAAAAAUCUGAAAAAAGAUUAAGUCAUAGACCAAAAUCAAUUAAAUUAGAACAUAAAAAGAAUGUUUUAGGUGAAAUUAUUUAUAAAGGACAUCCAAGUUGGGCAUUAAUGUUAAAUAUUCAAACUGGUAUUAGAAAUGCGGUUGGUAAAUCAAUGGGUACAGAAGGAGGAGUUAAUGCAAAGACACCACAACAGUAUCAUACAUUAAGGAAACCAAGUGAAUUUAAGAGAAAGGAAGAUUUUUAUGUAUCACCAAAAACACAAAGAUUCGAGAGUGCAGGCACUGCAAUGACAAAUGCUCACUCAACUGGUGCAUUCAAAUUUAAAGAUUAUUGUCCAAACGCUUUUAGAUAUCUACGUUAUCUCUUUGGUAUUGAUACGGCGGAUUUCAUGGUAUCACUAUGCAACACCCUCAAGAAUGGCGAGAAUGCACUACGUGAGCUACCAACACCAGGUAAGAGUGGUAGUUUGUUCUUUUUCUCACACGAUAUGAAAUUCAUCAUUAAAACCAUUCCAAAGGAUGAGGCUAAAUUGUUACGUGAUAUUCUACCAUCGUAUUUGGAGCAUAUUCAGUCGAAUCCAAAUUCAUUGUUACCUCGUUUCUUUGGUUUGUACAGAGUGAAACCACAUUCAGGCAGACAGGUUAGAUUUGUUAUCAUGGGUAAUCUUUUCCCAACAAAGAAAAAGAUUCACGAACGUUAUGAUCUCAAGGGCAGUGUCGUGGGUAGGGAGGCUUCGGUCGAUGAGAAGAAAUCUGAUUCUGUCACCUUUAAAGACAUAGAUUUCAGAAAUAGAAAACAAAAGAUUUUUUUAGGUCCUGGAAAGAAACAAUCUUUUAUCGAUCAAAUUAAAAGAGAUUGCAAGUUAUUACAAUCAUUAAAUAUUAUGGAUUAUUCAUUAUUAAUUGGUAUACAUUAUCCACAUCGUGAAAAUGAACCACCUUCACCAUCUUUAUUACGUUCAACUUUGGAAGAUAGUUCAGAUUUUGAAUCACCAUCAAUGGAACAAUCUUCUGCUGGUCAACAACAACAACAACGUGGUAGUGGUAAUUAUGACAAUAGUGGUGCUGGUAGAGAUUCCACUACUGGUGGUGCUGCCCCUAAAGAAAAUGAUGAAAUUUAUAUCUCUGCUUUUCAACAAGAUGAAGGUGGUAUUAAAUCUCAAGGUGGUGAUACUGAAGAACACUAUUUCCUUGGUAUCAUUGAUAUUUUAAUGUUGUAUAGUUUACGUAAAAAGGUUGAACAUACCUAUAAAACCCUUAAAUUUGGUGCAAAACAAGAAAUUUCUUCUGUUUCUCCUGAUGAAUACUCUGAAAGAUUCCAAGAAUUUUUAUCAACAAUUAUCGAAUAA